CUCCCAGGGUUAACGAACGUCGCUCGCGACUCGUUCCCACCGCGAGUUAUGUAUCCGCGAGUGAAAAGCGUAGAAACCUACGGAAAGUGACCGCCACGACGAAUCAUGCCCAAGGUCGCUCCGCUGGAUGAAAGUCCGCUGGGCAUUGUCCUCGAGCAACCGUCUACCGUCGGUCUUUAGAGUUCCAAAGACUCCUAUAGUCGAACGGGUGCAGAAGAAACGUGUGCGACGAUCCGAGAAAAAGGUUGCGAACUCCUAGCAACGAUAGAGCAAGUCUUUUCGCUGCGGGGUGCCGAAGACGCCAAUGGUUUAAAGGAUAGACUUCUAACGAAGACUUACAACGGAAAAGGUCACGACCUUCCAGCAACGACGGACCAACGGGUUAUCGUUGGUCUUCUCGCUACAAAGUGCUAAAGACAUCCACAGCUGAAAGGGUACAGACUCGAAUAUCUCGAAAGAUACAUAGUCGAAGACGGUCAACGAAAACAUACCUCGCUACAAAGGUCACCAGCUAGCAGGAUUUAUAGAGCGAGGGGUCGAUCGGCGGUCUUUCCACGGUUGACUGCCGGAGACUUCGAUGCCUGCAAAGGAAACGCGGCAAGUGCAACUUUUGAAGGAAAACACUCGCAAGCUUCCAGCUUGACUUUCUACUCUCAGCCUCGGUAAAGCAAAUUCCAUCGUAACGCGUUAGAUUGUCGAAGACACAUCGUGCAACUAUCGAAGAACACGGCAAGAUCUCGAGCUCACGAGGGUUAAGUUAAAAUACCUAAGAUCCUCGCGCGAAAGCAGGCUUCUCAGGGAUCUGAUAAAGUUCCUCACCGAGCAAACAGCAUGAAGGUGCGAAGUUACCCGGGUCGCGCGGUUCUGGAGGACCCGGAGCUCCUGUUGGACCCAGACGCGACUCGAGGAAGGGCGAUGGAGCUUCUGUACGAGGCCAGCUGGCGCGAAUGCGGAGUGAACUGGACGGGCAACGCGAGGGCCAAGGCCCCGUCCAGGGAGCAGGAAGAGAAGUGCAGGCAACCGUACGCGGAGGUGAUCUCCCAACUGGAAGAUGUUUUGGAGGGUGGCAGGGUCAGCUCGUCGAGGGACGGGACGGAGUCGAGGAGAUCCAGCAGCGCUGGCACCACCGACAGCGAGUCAGAGGUGAAUCAGACUGGCAAUAAUCAAGGUGGAUUCCUUAUACCGAGACCAAGGCUGAUCGUACCGGUUCACACCUACGCCAGGAGACGACGAACCGGCGCCCCUCCGCCCACCAGGAGGCGACAAGCGCGAGAAGAGGGGAAAGUGGAGGUGUCGCGGGAUGGAAAGUAUAUGAGUACUCUGGCGCCUGGAAAGGUACUUGGCGAGUUGGCAAUUCUUUACAACUGCAAGAGAACAGCGACGAUAACAGCGGCUACCGAUUGCCAAUUAUGGGCCAUCGACCGACAAUGCUUCCAAACCAUUAUGAUGAGGACUGGCCUCUCGAGGCAGGCCGAGUACACCGACUUCUUAAAGAGCGUUCCUAUCUUCAAAAAUUUGCCCGAGGAGACGUUAAUCAAAAUUUCGGACGUCCUGGAAGAGACGUUCUACAACAACGGGGAUUAUAUAAUCAGACAAGGAGCAAGGGGCGACACAUUUUUCAUAAUAAGCAGAGGACAAGUGCGCGUGACGAUAAAGCAACCCGACUCACCGGAAGACAAGUACAUCAGGACGUUAGGCAAGGGUGAUUUCUUCGGCGAAAAGGCUCUUCAAGGAGACGAUCUCAGGACGGCGAACAUAAUCGCCGACGACCUGGAAGGUGUGAGCUGCCUGGUAAUUGACCGUGAAACGUUCAAUCAGCUUAUCUCGUCCUUGGACGAAAUUCGCACACGGUACAAGGACGAACAAGCCGAGGGCAGAAGAUUGAACGAGGAAUUCAGAGACCUAAAGCUUCAAGAUCUACGACCGCUGACCACCCUGGGCGUGGGCGGUUUCGGAAGAGUCGAAUUAGUUCAAAUAGCCGGCGACAGCACGAGAUCCUUCGCUCUGAAGCAAAUGAAGAAAGCCCAGAUCGUCGAGACCCGACAGCAACAGCAUAUAAUGUCCGAGAAGAGAAUUAUGGGCGAAGCCGAUUGCGACUUCAUCGUGAAACUGUUCAAGACCUUCAAGGACAGGAAGUACCUUUACAUGCUGAUGGAAGCCUGUUUAGGUGGCGAAUUGUGGACCGUGCUCAGAGAUAAAGGGCAUUUCGACGACAGUACUACGCGAUUUUACACCGCCUGCGUUGUCGAAGCGUUCGAUUAUCUGCACUCUAGAAACAUCAUCUAUAGAGAUCUAAAACCAGAGAAUCUUCUUUUGGACAGCCAAGGAUACGUGAAACUCGUAGACUUUGGCUUCGCCAAGCGUUUGGACCACGGAAGAAAAACGUGGACCUUCUGUGGAACUCCUGAAUAUGUUGCGCCAGAAGUUAUUUUGAAUAAAGGACACGACAUCAGCGCUGAUUAUUGGUCUCUCGGUGUUCUUAUGUUUGAACUUCUUACGGGCACACCGCCAUUCGCUGGAGGCGAUCCAAUGAAAACUUAUAAUAUUAUCCUGAAAGGAAUCGAUGCUAUAGAGUUCCCAAGGUCUAUCACGCGAAAUGCGACUGCUUUGAUUAAAAAACUUUGCAGGGACAAUGCGGCAGAGCGUCUCGGUUACCAGAAAGGUGGCAUUAGCGAAAUACAAAAACACAAGUGGUUCGACGGAUUUAACUGGGAAGGCCUAAGAGCGAGAACCCUCGAACCUCCGAUCAUGCCACGCGUUCAAAGUGCCAUAGAUACCACAAACUUUGACGAAUAUCCAGCAGACUCCGAUCCACCGCCACCAGACGACGUAUCCGGAUGGGACAAUGACUUCUAACAACGACUUUCUGCCUAACAAAAUCGUUACUUUUCAAAGAAAGUUAAAGAAAUUCGAUUCAUAUUCGGAGGAACUCGAGAUAAUCAAACGAUCACUGGAACACGUGACUGUCCAUCACCUGCAUUUAUUCUGCAAGCUAAUACCAUGUGAUGUGUAGAUAUAAUAGCCUAAAAGUAACGCUGAGGAUGAACAAACGGGCUUGUGAUAAAGAAUUAGACCGUCGAAAGAUCGCGUUGUCGAGGUCCUGCGACUUCUGUUGCAUCGCGUAGAGAUCCAUUCGAAAGCAACAAAUAGAAUGCUUUUCUAUCGCUCGCUAUCUAGAAGGAAACAGGAAUUUUCACGACGGCGGCCUGUACAGCCUGUCGAGUCGACACACUUCGAAUUUUGAGAAAUUCUUUCUCUAAAUGGAAUUAGAAUUGAACGCAUCAUCUCAAGACGCGCGCGCGAAUGCGUCAAGUGCCAUACCUAACAGAGGUAAAGUCGGAAUCAGAUUUCGGAUAUAUAUCGUAUUGUGCGAGCAACGCCUCCACGCGGAUCAUGCACGAAAUGUAGUUAGCUCAACCGGAAGAGACUUCUUGCCAUCACACUCGCAAAGUAUGCACACAAUUUCGCGAAAACGAACUACGUCAGAUUCUUCGCGUCCGGUUCAUUGUUGUUUGAAUCACUUUAUAGUUUAUUGUAAUAAUCCUAUUUUAAUUAAUUACGCGAAAAAGUGACCCUUGUAAAUAAUUGAUUAUAAAUAAAUAUUAGAUACAGUCCAAUGUAUAUCGAUAUUAAAUAAAGUUUUAUUAAUGCUAACUAAUUAGAAUUAAAAUU